AUUACUGCUUUGAUUUUUAUUCCAACUCAAUCGAAUUGCUGCUAUUAUAUUGGUUCGAUAAUGCUGAAACAAUGGCUGUUCCUGGGUUUAAUUACCUUAACAAUAGCAGAGCCUCCAGUAGGUAUUAGAACAUCAAAUAUCUUAGGCAGUCCAGAUCAGCAUGCAUCCUUUAGUUUUAUCCGACCUGGUCUAACUCAGACAUCAUAUUCAUUCAAUGGACCCAGUUCUCAUCAAUCAUUUAGCUCGAGUAUCGGAAAUCCGCAUCUGGCUCAGAAAGUUCUUCCUAAUGUCGCACAUGCUUUAGCAUACAGGAAUCCAGGACUUGGCUAUGCCCCAAAUCCAUAUCAACCCAUACCUCUACCUUAUUCACUGCCAUUCUCUUCACAACUUGGAUCUAAUCAAGGUCCCGCAGCUUCUGACCCGGCGGCACAAGCAUAUCUGCAACAGUAUCAACAUGAUAUGCAAGCACAAUUGGGCCAGAUUUUACGAGCACAUUUGCUCCAGGCUCAAACACAGACUCCUGAACAAAUUCAUCAGCAGCAAAACUUAUUAGGUGUUUCUUAUUCAUCAGCGCCUUCCGUUGCUCAUGUUAAUGUUAGUGGUAAUGGAUACAAAUUUCAUUUUUAA